GAGACGGUUGUCGGGCUGGUGCCCGUGCUGGAUCCUGGGCGGCCUGAGGGUUGCGGAGACUUUAGGGGAGGGAGACGGCAGCGGCAUGGCGGCCGGGUGUAAGACGCCCGACCCUCCUCUUAUCCGUCUUGGCCGCCGCCGCCGCUGGAGUCACUGGGACCCUCUAGUCUGCGUGUGUUAGUUUAAGCCCGCCGCCCGCCUGUGAGCCCUCCGCUCCGCCGGCCCUCCUUCCUUCCGCCGCCGCAGCCAGCCCAAGGGUCGGCCGGCUGUGUAACACUCUCCCACCCCACCCACCAGCCCGCGGGCCAGCACCAUGGAGGACAUGAAGCUGGAGUUCCCGUCCCUUCCACAGUGCAAGGAAGACGCAGAGGAGUGGACCUACCCUAUGAGACGAGAGAUGCAGGAAAUUUUACCUGGAUUGUUCUUAGGCCCAUACUCAUCUGCUAUGAAAAGCAAGCUACCUAUACUACAGAAACAUGGAAUAACCCAUAUAAUAUGCAUACGACAAAAUAUUGAAGCAAACUUUAUUAAACCAAACUUUCAGCAGUUAUUUAGAUAUUUAGUCCUGGAUAUUGCAGAUAAUCCAGUUGAAAAUAUAAUACGUUUUUUCCCUAUGACUAAGGAAUUUAUUGAUGGGAGCUUACAAACAGGAGGAAAAGUUCUUGUGCAUGGAAAUGCAGGAAUCUCCAGAAGUGCAGCCUUUGUUAUUGCGUACAUUAUGGAAACAUUUGGAAUGAAGUACAGAGAUGCUUUUGCUUAUGUUCAAGAAAGAAGAUUUUGUAUUAAUCCUAAUGCUGGAUUUGUCCAUCAACUUCAGGAAUAUGAAGCCAUCUACCUAGCAAAAUUAACAAUACAGAUGAUGUCACCACUCCAGAUAGAAAGGUCAUUAUCUGUUCAUUCUGGUACCACAGGCAGUUUGAAGAGAACACAUGAAGAAGAGGAUGAUUUUGGAAACAUGCAAGUGGCAACUGCACAGAAUGGCUGACUGAAGAGCAACAUUAUAGAGUGUGAAUUUCUAUUUGGGAAGGAGAAAAUACAAGAGACAAUUAUAAUGUAAAAUGGUAAAAACAUAAGUAGUUUUUUUUUUUCAAUUACAUGUUGCUUCCAGACAUACUUCUCUGCAACUUGUUGAGCAACAUUUUAAGAUGUUGGACUUCUGCAAUAGAUGGCACUGAUGGUUUUACUCCUUUAAAAAAAAAAAAAACAUACACACACACACUUUACAAGUUUUAUUAUAAACCAAGAAUUUUGGACUUGCAAAGAGGUAUUAUUGCAAUAAUGCACUUUUCAUACUUGAAAUUUAUUUGUAUGAUAUAAAGUUAUUACUUUAAACAAAAUGCAAGUAUGGGGGGAUUGUUUAUAAAGUUUGGGUAAUUUAUAACAAAAGAAUUUGCUAAGGUUUGCUAAAAAUUCAUUUUUCUGUUCUAUAUAUUACAUUUUUAACAUAAUUUUACAGUUCAGUUUUAUGAUGGAGCCUCUUACAGAAACAUUAACAAAAUGCAGGAACCUGCCACAUUUCUUUUUUAGUAUAACUUAAUAGCUUAAUUACCAUUUUAUUUUUUAUACUUCUUGUUCCAUUAUUAAUCUUUAAAUCAUGACCCUAAUCAGCUGUCCUUACUUUAACGUGAUCUAAUUAUUGCUUCCUUUCUUAUUACUUUCCUAAUUUGUUUAUUCUAUAUUAAAGAAAACUACAGUUUCAAUGAUAAAAGGAAAAUGUUUUGAUUUAUAGUACCAAGUGCUUAAAAACAAGGAUAGUGUCAGAUUUUCAAGUGACUUUCCUUUUUGCAUUUUUUGGCGGUAAAAGCCAAAUGUUGUAUUUGUUCUUUUCAGAGUUGUCCAGCCCUUUUUUCCUUUGUCCAAAAUGAUUCUAAAUAGAAUCUAAUAAACCAAUGUAGCACCAUUUUUUUCUAAAUGAAGCCCCAAAAAAGAAAAGUGCCUUGCAUCGUUUUUAAAAAACUUAAAUCCUCAUGACCUCUAAAUUAGUAUGUAGAACACUGAAAAGUUCUUAACAUUUUUGUGUAAUUUCCUUUCUUUUUAAACCAUAAAUUAGUUUAAACUGAAAGUAUGAGACUGGAAGAAACAUUAGUAAAUCAUUUGGAAUAUAGAAUGUUUACUCUUCCCUUUUAUGUUGUCUUAAUGAUUCUGUGAGAUUGUUCCGGCUCAGACAGAAGCUUUUCUUUGGGGAAGGUGAUUUGUGGGAGACUCUAUUGUAUUUUAAAUUAGCAUUUUAAUCCAUUCUUGACAUUCAGUUAGUCCAUAUCUGCCCCAUAAUUUGCUUUAGUAAAGUCACUUUAUGGAUUUUUGGCUAUGUUUUAGUUUGUGUGUAUAAAAGUUCUAAGAAAACACUUUUGCUAUUUUAAGUAUGUAAGGGAAGAGAAGAGUGUUUUUAACUUUUUAUAGUGGAUGACUUUAGGGUAGUACAAACAAAACUCCUUUGUAUCUAACUUUUCUCAAUCCUCUCUUGAGGUGCUUUACUAAUGGGAAUGAUUUCUCUAUGUUCCCUUGGUACCAAGAGGUACUAUGCAAAGUAACCCAUUACACCAAGUUACUUGCUUUGCUUUCCUCUCUAUGAUGUGAUAAUACAGUAAAAGCUUUCUUAUCCAGCAUAGUGGGAGAGGAGAGAUUAAUUAAAAUUGUUAAUUAAGAGUUAAUUCCUAUUGACCCAGGUGAUAUUCCUCUUCUGAUUUCCCUCCCCUUCCCUUCUCUUAUCUUACAACUGUGAAAACAGCAUAUUGUUAAUCUC